GCCCAUGAAAUUAUAUUAUUCCAAUUUGUCUCGAUUAACCGGUUAAACCCCACUGCCGGAAAAAAAAGUCUCAAUUCUCUAAACCCUACUUCACCGGAGCGACGUUGAAUGUAACUGCCGGUUAACUCGUCGUCGGUGACUCCAUAACUUGUCGGAAACCUACUACGAUUGGUUGGUAGUCUUGAAGAUAAAUUGAAAUUUUGAAGGAGAUAUUGCUAAUUGCAGAUCACAAACAUGUCAGAUAUCAGGAAAUGGUUCAUGAAGCAGCAUGACAAAGGCACGGGUAAUGGGAGCAUGUCCAAGAAUAGUGCAGCAGAAAAGCCUUCUCCCACUAGUCCAAAGCCAGAAAACCUGGUACAAGAAGGACAAGAGACUGCCAACAGAAGGAAAACUAGUAAAUAUUUUGCUACAGACAAGGUUAAGGCAAAGGAAGAAAAAGUUGAGGAAGUGUCAGCAAAAAGAAAAGCUCCAAAUGCUGCUGGAAUUUCAUCAGCACCAGCUGCAAAAAGAAUUCAUAAAGCUGAGGAUGAAGAUGACUUUGUACCAGUGGUAUCGGCAAUGGGAUCCAGAGAUGUCACUCCCAGCAAAAAGUCGGUAAGUGGCUCUGGAAGGGGAUCCGCGCAGAAAAAUGUGAUCAGUGAUGAUAGUGAUGAUGAUCUUAAGAACAAAAAUUCUGAUCUCAAAUCUGCUGGAAGAGGGCGGGGUGGACGGGCAGCUAAGACCAGCGGAAAGGGUGUUCCUCUUGAUGAAAGUGAAGAUGAUGCUUCAGCUGUCAAGGACAACAAAUCUGGUGGACGAGGGCGUGGUGGUAAAGGACCAUCUGCAGCACCAAGCGGUGGACGAGGUAGAGGUGGUGGAGGACGGGGAGGUUUCAUGAACUUUGGUGAAAGAAAAGAUCCUCCUCACAAGGGGGAAAAGGAAGUUCCUGAAGGUGCCCCAGACUGUUUAGCUGGUUUGACUUUUGUAAUUAGUGGAACUCUCGACAGUUUAGAAAGAGAAGAAGCUGAGGAUUUGAUUAAACGCCAUGGUGGUCGUGUCACAGGAUCUGUUAGCAAGAAAACAACUUAUCUUUUAUGUGAUGAAGACGUCGAGGGACGGAAAUCCUCUAAAGCCAAGGAGCUCGGAACUGCAUUUCUCACUGAGGAUGGUUUGUUUGAAUUGAUCCGGUCAUCAAAAAAAUCAAAAUCAGCUACACAACCCGAGUCAAAGAAAUCUGUGGACACCAUUGUUUCUUCUGGAAAGAGAAAUUCACAAAAAACAAGUGAUGGAACAGGAAGCACUGCCACAAAGAUUCUAGCUGCCAAACAAUUGGCACCUAGUGCAUCUCCUGCCAAAAUUAGUGGAUCUCCUGCUAAAAGUAGUGCAUCUCCUGCCAAGAAGAAAACCCAAGCUAAAGAGUCUUUACUACCAUGGACAGAAAAAUACAGACCCAAAGCUAUUGUAGACAUAAUAGGGAACAAGUCACUGGUGGAGCAGAUUCAGCGUUGGCUAGAGAGCUGGGAUGAGCAUUUUCUAAAGGCAUCUAGUAAGGGUAAGGGGAAAAAACAGGCUGACUCUGGUGCUAAAAAAGCAGUUCUGUUGAGUGGUAUGCCGGGUAUAGGGAAGACUACAUCAGCAAAAGUGGUUAGUCAGUUGCUGGGAUUUCAAACGAUCGAGGUAAAUGCUAGUGAUAGUCGUGGAAAGGCUGACUCAAAAAUUGAGAAAGGAAUAGGCGGAAGUACUGCUAAUUCCAUAAAAGAACUUGUUAGCAAUGAAUCUCUAAGCGCCAAUGUUGGCAGAUCACACCAUCAGAAGACUGUUCUGAUUAUGGACGAGGUUGAUGGCAUGUCUGCUGGAGAUAGAGGUGGUGUUGCCGAUCUUAUUGCUAGCAUCAAGAUCUCGAAAAUUCCUAUUAUCUGCAUUUGCAAUGAUCGCUACAGUCAGAAAUUGAAGAGCCUUGUCAAUUAUUGCCUACCAAUUGUCUUCCGUAAACCAACUAAGCAGCAGAUGGCAAAGAGGUUAAAUCAAGUAGCAAAUGCUGAAGGCAUUCAAGUCAAUGAGAUUGCUCUUGAGGAAUUGGCAGAACGUGUUGGAGGAGAUAUGCGUAUGGCUCUAAAUCAAUUGCAAUACAUGAGUCUCUCUAAGUCUGUCAUCCAAUACGAUGACAUAAGACGCCGUCUUCUAAGCAGUUCAAAGGAUGAAGAUAUCUCACCGUUCAAAGCUGUAGAAAAGCUGUUUGAUUUUAAUUCCAAGAACUUGAAAAUAGAUCAAAGAAUUGACCUAAGUAUGAGCGACCCAGAUCUUGUCCCACUUCUUGUCCAGGAGAAUUAUCUCAACUACAAACCAAGUUCUGCUGGCAAAGAUGAUAAUGAUUUAAAGCGGAUGAGCCUAAUUGCGCAUGCUGCUGACUCUAUUGCAAACAGUGACUUAAUAAAUGUACAGAUUCGAAGAUACCAGCAAUGGCAACUUUCUCCAGCUGGUUGCCUUUCGUCUUGCAUAAUUCCUGCUUCUUUGUUGCACGGACAGAGGCAGACUCUUGAGCAGGGAGAGCGCAACUUUAACAGGUUUGGCGGCUGGCUAGGAAAGAAUUCUACAAUGGGAAAGAAUUACCGGAUUCUGGAGGAAUUGCAUGUCCACCUACUCGCAUCUCGUGAAUCUUAUCUGGGAAGGGCAAACCUGAGACUUGACUACUUUUCUCUUCUUGGAAAGAAGUUGACAGAUCCAUUAAAAGUGCUGCCUAAGGAUGAAGCUGUAGAGAAUGUUGUGGCUUUCAUGGAUUCUUACUCUAUAAGCCAGGAGGACUUCGAUAAUAUUGUGGAGAUAUCAAAAUUCAAGGGACAACCGAAUCUUCUGGAUGGUGUACAGCCUGCUGUGAAAGCGGCACUGACAAAGGCAUACAACAAAGGAAGCAAAUCACGUGUUAUUCGCACAGCAGAUUUAAUUACCCUUCCUGGAAUUAAAAAAGCUCCUAAGAAGCGCGUUGCAGCAAUGCUGGAGCCACUAGAUGAAGGUGUAGCUGAAGAAAAUGAUGAAACACUUGCUGAAGAUGAAGAGAAUUCAUCAGAUACAGAAGACAUAGCAGAUGUUGGGAAAAAAUUGCAGUCGGAUCUUCAGAGUCUCAGUUUGAGAGGGAUCGAAGUAAACAUGGACUUGAAGGGUGCCGGGAGUUCAGGUAGCAAGAAGACGUCUGCAGGGAGAGGACGAGGACGAGGAAGUUCUAAUAGCAGUGCAACCGCUGAAUCCUCAGGUAAGAGAGGUGGUCGGGGUUCUGGAGCUGCUGCCAAGAGAAAGAGGUGAAACUGGAAAACAUCUCCCUGACCUAAUUCUGUCGGUUACAAUCAUCGGAAGCUGCAGUUUCCCUGGUCUUCUUCCUUGGGAAAAAGAAGCAUUUAGGAAACUUGUUUUUAGCUAUUUGUGUAAAAAAAGAGAAGUUCCUAAGUUGAUUUAUGUAUAUUCUACUUGAAAUUGAUGAAUGCUUUUUUUGUGUUAAUAGUUUUGGUUUGAUUCUCAAAUUUUGGCUUCUAUUGCCAUUGCUUUGUUCA